GAUGAUGCACUAAACUUCUGAAACUGUAAGCCAGCCCCUACUAUAGAGGAAAUCAAAAUCACACGCUCUCUCCAUCAGGGCCCUGCACGGCUAAAGAAGAGUGCAUGACGGGGACCAAAGGGCAUCAAAGGCAGAACAGCCAUGGGGCUGAGGAAAUAGAAGAGGCUGUACAGGGGCUGGCUGCGGUCAGGACUCAGCAGGUGAAGGUGCCUACUGCCCAGCCUGAUGAGCCGAGUCCACUUCCUGGAAUCUACAUGGUUGACCGCCUCCCAGAGGGCUAUGUCCCCAUCAAUAAAGGCUCAGUUACCAAGUGACUGCAGUGUUACCUCAUUCACAGAUGGAUCAUGACUCUGGACAGCACUGGUAGAAACUCCUGACACUGACGGGGCUGAGGAGGAAGACGCCAGUGGUGAGAGAGGUGGAAGGUGACUGGUGUGACGGAGGGGGCGAAACACCAGGUGCAUGCUUGAGGAGCCGUUGAUUUACGUAUUGCUUGCCUGUGCGGUCGCUCCAGGUCUCCAGUUCAGAAGUUCAUUUCCUUCUCCCCCCAUCCCAUGAACACACAGAACAUACACCUUGUAUACGAAAGAAGGGACUCAAUAGAGGGCUAACCCUGGGUUCAAUUCCCAGCACCAUCUAAAACAGGGCUGAUCGGAAAGCCAACCUACAAACUUGAGUUCCUGUCUCCACCCUCACCACAGGAAUUUUCAAAUUCGUCUUCAGACUACUGGACGCCCAGAGUCAUAAAAUGAACGUAUGACUCGUCACCAUCCUCUGAGCUUCCUGGAGUUUUUAAUCCUCUGGCAACUUUUAAACUAAUUGGGACACAGGGGACAGGGGCCUGACAGGAGGCGCACCCAAGGCUGCGUCCGUACCCCUUCAUGAGUUUGAAGACCCUCUUAAUCCCACAAGGUCGGUGCGAUUGCUCGGGACCCCCCGAAUCUCUUUAAGAAACCAGGGUCCCCCGCACCCCUCUCCCAGGGGCACAAACAGCCAAGGCGACGUGUCCCAGAAGCCAGCAGCAGCGUCCCUCCACCCUUGGCACCAACCUCGGCGGCCACGCCCGCCCGGCGCCCCCUUGCGCGCUCAAUCCCCGAGGCUCUCCCACUCCUAACCGGUUCCGGCCCCGCGAGCGCCCGCGCACCGGGCCGGCGCAGACUCCUUAAAGGUCUUUGUGCGGAAGGCCUGCGGCGCAACUCAAAAUCUCCCGCGCUGGGCGGCGAGCGGGGUCAGCGGCGUCCAAUGGGAGGCGAGGCCACGCCCCCUCGGAGCGCGCGCGGUUCCGCGGCUCUUUAAAGGGCGCGGGCGCCGGCCGUCGGCGGUGCACCGGAUUCCAGCUGUUUUCGCCUGCUCCUCGCCGUCUCCGCCGCUGCCCCCGUUCGCCAUGCUCUCCGUCCGCACCCCGCUCGCCACCAUCGCUGACCAGCAGCAGCUGCAGUUGUCGCCGCUGAAGCGACUCACCCUGGCUGACAAGGAGAACACGCCCCCGACCCUCAGCAGCACCCGCGUCCUGGCCAGCAAGGCUGCGAGGAGAAUCUUUCAGGACUCCGCCGAGCUGGAAAGUAAAGUGCCUACUAACCCCAGCGUUGAGGAUGAGCCGUUACUGAGAGAAAAUCCCCGCCGCUUCGUUAUCUUUCCCAUCGAGUACCAUGAUAUCUGGCAGAUGUACAAGAAAGCCGAGGCCUCCUUUUGGACUGCCGAAGAGGUGGACCUUUCCAAGGAUAUUCAGCACUGGGAAGCUCUGAAACCCGAUGAGAGACAUUUUAUAUCUCACGUUCUGGCCUUCUUUGCAGCGAGCGAUGGCAUAGUCAAUGAAAACUUGGUGGAGCGAUUUAGCCAAGAAGUUCAAGUUACAGAGGCCCGCUGUUUCUAUGGCUUCCAAAUUGCCAUGGAAAACAUACACUCUGAAAUGUAUAGUCUCCUUAUUGACACUUACAUUAAAGACCCCAAAGAAAGAGAAUAUCUCUUCAAUGCUAUUGAAACUAUGCCUUGUGUGAAGAAGAAGGCUGACUGGGCCUUGCGCUGGAUUGGGGACAAAGAGGCUGCGUAUGGAGAGCGAGUUGUGGCCUUUGCCGCCGUAGAAGGAAUCUUCUUUUCUGGUUCUUUUGCAUCGAUAUUCUGGCUCAAGAAACGGGGACUGAUGCCGGGCCUUACAUUUUCCAAUGAGCUUAUUAGCAGAGAUGAGGGUUUACACUGUGACUUUGCCUGCCUGAUGUUCAAGCACCUGGUACACAAGCCAUCGGAGCAGAGGGUAAAAGAGAUAAUCACCAACGCGGUUAGGAUAGAGCAGGAGUUCCUCACGGAGGCUUUGCCCGUGAAGCUCAUCGGGAUGAAUUGCACUUUGAUGAAGCAGUACAUUGAGUUUGUGGCUGACAGGCUUAUGCUGGAGCUGGGUUUUAACAAGAUUUUCAGAGUAGAAAAUCCAUUUGACUUCAUGGAAAAUAUCUCACUCGAAGGGAAGACGAACUUCUUUGAGAAGCGAGUAGGGGAGUAUCAGAGGAUGGGAGUCAUGUCAAAUUCGACAGAGAAUUCUUUCACCUUGGAUGCUGACUUCUGAGCAUCGUGGGCUCUUCGCCGGUUUUUGUCCCCUUGCCAUGAAAAGAAAUCAGCAAAACCAACCAACAGGCUACACCAUGAAUUGUCAUUAAAUUUGCUAACAGGUGUCUAAAAAGCUGUGUGUAGCUACCUCAGUCCUGUUUGCUAGGCUGGUCUCUAGAAGAAAGUAUACUUCAAACAAUAAUGGGUACCUGGAUCCUUAGGGAGAUCUUGUCCUUCCUUGGCUUUUACAAGUAGCAUGGUCACCUUUGACCUCAUCAAAGCACUAACAGUGCUGGGCCAGGCUUUAUGAGCAGUGACUGUCAAGCAAGCAGGUUUAGACAUCUAGAUGCUGUUUAGGGCGGUUUAAAGAUGUCAGCCUCACUUACUGCUUCCUGCAGGCAUGCAGGGUUUACUUGAGAAGUUUGUAAAUAAAAUUGGCACUUUGCACACACACACACACACACACAGUACUGUCGGGAUUAAACUAUACAUUUUAUGAGGUUUUACCUCUGCUUUUCUUAAAAUAUACUCAGUAUUAUCUUGAAGAUUGUAAAUGCUAUGAUGGUACAGUAAAUUCUGACAUUUGUCUAAAUAUGAGUGUCACUUUUUUUUUUUUAAGUCAGGGUCUUAACUAUGUGGCUCUGGCUUGGCCUGGAACUUGCUAUGUAGACCAGGUUAGCCUCAAACUUGGCUAUGUCUCAAAUACUGGGAUUAAGAUAUCUGCCACCAUACCUGGCUUUACCCAGUGAAUUCCUAAGCACCAGAAAACCAGUGCUGUAUGAGAUGUUAAUGUGUCAGACGGGGAUACAUACAGACCAGUAGAUAACAGCUAGUUAACCGUAAUCUGCCUUUAUGUGCAUUAAUCUGUGUUUAGGGAAGAGAGCAAUAGUCAGAAUCCACAAGUGAGUUUGAGCCCAGUGGUGGGUACAUACGUGGGACUCUUAGAAACCAGAACAAAAGGCAAGUGCUCCCUGAGGUAGUUAACUAUGAUCUCUAGCUUCCUCACUAGCUGAUAUAACCCUGAUCAGUCACCUUGAUUGUGUAGAUGUUUCUGUAAUAUGAAAAGUCAUUGUACCUUUUAAAUUAUUGUUACUUAAAAUUAAUAAACUUGAAG